UUUAUAUUUUAACAGAUUACUUAUCGCUUCUCUGAUGAGAUUCCUUUUCUUCCCUAUGUAAAUUAGAGAUGGGUAAGUCGAACCAUUUCUCCAAAAUAAUGGGCGCCCAGCCGAUGAGAGCAUGUCAUAGAACCUUCAACAUGACGCAAUCUUCCGACAACGGCGGCAAGCAGACCUUCCCCCUUCCAGCGGAGCAGUUCAGGCCCCUUCAGUCCAUAUUCCGUCGGCGGCUGCUCAACGGAAUCGGUGCCGCUUCUCUACUGGCCGUCGGCGCCAAUCUGGGGGGCGUAUCGAGCUUCCUACUGAGCUUCUCGCCGGAGGCUUCUCGGAGCCUCAAGCUCGACGCGCUUUAUCCGAUCGGCGGCUACAGCCGUUACAUAGAUACGAAUGAGGGAUUUGGGUUAUUGAUUUGGUGGAACAGAAUUUGUGUAUCCGGAGAGUUGGUUAGGGGAUCAGACGGUGCUGUACAGAGCAGCUGGAAAGGCGGAGAAGCCGGUGGAUGCUCCGCCUCUGGAUGGUGGUGGUCGGCGGCGGAGGAGGGUGAAUGAGCCAGUGGUAGCUUUCGGUCCGCCGGGGUCCACGGGAGAGCUGAAUGUCAGCGUGAUUGUAUCGACCGUCCCCAUCGACUUCUCGAGUAUGCUAUCCAAGUCUAAAAAUGUUCAUCAAGAACGAUCCAGCCUUUACAAUAUAGCAAAUUCAACUGUAAAUCUGAGCCAUGGUGGAAUAAUACGGGCUAUGGUUCAUUUUCCCAUACGUUAAUGCGUGGAAAUGGGUCUGACUCGUCAUCCCUUGAACAAUCUGUGGAUGCUCAUUCCCUGUCUGAUGGUGGAGUUAAUGAGGAAGAUAAUACUCAGAAAAAAUCACCCAACGCUAAUCGACUCCACUCAGAUAGAAUCUAUAGGCCGGAGGAUUCGAAUCUCCAGCAAGUUGAGCAAUCCUUAAAUCCAGGACCUGUUGGAAGCCUCACAGCCAGCACAACUCGAACUUGUUGGCCACUCAAUUGUACGUAUAUUGUUAUGAGAAAUGAAAACACUGCCUGCGCUUCAAAUCCUUACGAUCCAUAUUAUGGGAGAAUGCUGGCAGCUUAUGGCCAACCUAUGGUCUCUCAGUUGUAUGAUUUGCAUCAAGUGAGGAUGCCACUGCCUCUAGAAGUGGCACAGGAGCCAGUUUACCCAUAUCUCCAUGAAUCCCGACACCAGCAUGCCAUGAGAAGGGCAAGAGGCUCAGGUGGCCGUUUUGCAAAGAAAUCUGAUGGAGACACUUCUAAGGCCUCAGAAAACACCAAAUCCAUUGACACAUCAAGAUCAGAGCCUAUACAGGGCAACGCCGAAUCUCGGUCUGGAUUGUGGAAAUCUCUCCCUCAAUCCCCGUAUAUCCUAUCCGCCCUUGCACUCAAGCCGGAAAAUAGUCGAUUGCGACCGGAUGCGACUCUAAUUGGCGGCAAGCCCGUUAAGUUUGUCGGGCCUCGGCCUUGA